AUGGGGUACGACUGCCCGGGACGUGCAACCCCACCGAACGCGGACGUUGGACCGUGCCGAGGCAACAGCACGCACCCCACUCCCGGGUCGGAAGCCGCCAAGAAGUCGAACAACAUUUGCGACUCGUUCCCCAUGUACAUGGAGAUUGACUACAUUCGCAUCUACCAAGACAAGAGCUCCAUGUUCAUCGGAUGCGACCCCCCCACGCACCCGACCAAGAAGUGGAUCGACGGCCAUCUCAAGUGGUACACGGACGCCAAGAACCCGAUGGUCCGCGUCGAUGGCGGCGCGACUUGCAACUCGGACGACGACUGCUUGAUCCCGUCGGCCGCCAUCCCGAGCGGCCGGUGCUUCAAGCGUCGAUGUGAUUGUGUGGGUGGCUAUGGGGGCCCCCGUUGUACCAAAUACGUGGGCAGCAAAACCCUCGACACAUCGAGCCCCAACUACUUCGGACCGCAGUUUCUGUACCCUGCCGGACUGGCCGCCGUCGUCGUCGCCGCCGUCGCGCUCACGUGUGUGCUUCGCAAGCGCCGCCUCGCCGCCGCCACGCUUUCGUCCCAUCGCGCGAACGAAGCGGCCAAAGGCAGCCGGCAGAGCGACAACCCGUUGAACGACAGCGUCGCGAUGUUGGAAUCGACACAUCACCAGCACCGUCGAUUUUACGCGCCGGCCAACACGGUGGAGGCGUAACGUGAGGCCACCGUGCGUUUGACGACAGGUGAUUUUACAUAUUU